AUGUAUUUUCCCAUCUUGGGCCAAAUCCCUCAUUACACAGGAAAGGCAGAGGUUACCUCACACAUCCCUUUCCGAACUCAGCAAAAGGUUCUCACAAACACUUUUGAGCUUAACAACGGCGCCACUCACGGCCUGGCUGUGCACAACCACAGGGCUGAUAACCCCUUGGGCCAAGGCACUCUCACAACACGACCACCUCACCUCGCAACGGCGGGUCCAGUGCACGCGGGAUCACGCUCCGGGGCUGGCGAGGUAUCACCCUUGGUCUCCUAUCAUCAGACUUCACCACACGACUACCCUGCCGGCUCGGUUACCUGUGUGAUUCCUUCAGCCCCCCUGCACCAAGUUCUACCGGUCAACGAUCAACGGCCGCCUAUUCCUAUUCAGCCUCCUGCGGACAUCCCGAUACCUUCCCCCGGUGGAUCCUCCGUCCCGAGCACCAUUCUGGCUAACGGCGGUGUACGUACUCGGAAGCCCACACGUACGGCUGAGGAGAUGCGAUUGGCCGACCUCAUUGCGGCCGAGAAACACGCGCGUAGGUUUCAGAACCAAGCUGAUAAGGCCGCGGAUGCUCGUCAGAAGCAGGCUACCAUUGCAGCAAACAAGAUCCUCAAGGCUCAGAAGGCCGCGUUGACAAACCCUUGGGUGACCUGGACAGAGGAACAGAUGAUCGAGCUGUUGAAUUUCGUGAGGAUGGUCAAAGAGGACCAUAGUCAGGUGACAGGCGGUUUUAUACCGUUUGGGAAGUACUUCGCGGCUUAUACUGGCCGUCCAGAGGCAUUCCCCCUGCUGCAAUCCUUUUUGACGGCGACCCGUCUGUCCAAAUAUCAUGCGCUGAUGGAUAAGUGGAAGAAAGUAAAAGACGUUGUGGACCGGUCUGGGGCGGGCGGUUUAUCAUCGGCUUUGGAAGCAGGCGGUGUUUCCCAAGAGGUUUGGGACUUGAUCCUCGAUAUGCACGGGGAUAACCCGGCAGCGACCGGUGAGGGGUUAUCUAGUUCGUAUGCCGAUUAUGAAACCCUGCUGGAAGAAUCACCCCCAUCGGUCAGUUCUGGCGACUCUGGGUCAUCGGACGUCAAUGAGCCCAAUAGCCUCCCCACGACGCCUGCCCCCCGGAAGAAGAGGCUCACCAAGUACCAACGGCUAUCAGCCGCCCUGACACCAGCCGAACUUGCCUUGGAUCCCGACUCGGGUUCUGAUACAGACCUACCUGCAGAGCUUGUUUUGGCCCCCCCUGGGUCCUCGACCGGUUCAGCCGCGCUGCAGGGGACCGUCCCCACGGCUGUUGUGGGGGGCUCAGUUGCCAACAUCCCUGGGAGUCCAGCCACAACCCCUUCGGUCCCCCGCAAGGGGACCAAGAUCAAGGUCAAAUCGGCGGCGGCGAAACAGUUGAUCAGCCGUCCUCCAGCCAAAGGCUCUAGUAUUCCUCAACAACGUGGGCGCACCGAGGAGAAGAUUCCCGAUGGUGCCUCUGGGACCGGAAUGCUUGUCAUGAUGCAGAAGGCCCAGGAGGCGACAGCCUCAUGGGCCGCCGAGGAACGUCGUGAUGCCCUGGUUGAGCGAGCCCGACAGGACGCCCUUUGCGGGGAGGAGCGAGCCGAUAGGCAGCGGUUGGAGGACGCCCGAGCGGACGAGCGGGCGGCGGAGCUGAAGCGUCAAGAUCAAUUACGAGCGGAUGACAGGCGUGCCGCGGAGAAGAGGGCGGAUGCCAUGGAGGUUGCGCGCCGGCAAGAAAUGCAAGAGGCCAAGGAGGACCGGGAGCUGCUGCGUCAACAGGCAAAACUCGACCGUGAGGUGGCCGAUCAUCAGAUGAAGAUGGAACGGGAGGCGGCCCAGGCCAGGGCGGCAGAGGCGGCAGAGGAUCGGAAGCGUGAGCGGCAGCGGGAUUUGGAGCAGAAAGCCGAAGACAAGAAGGAGGCGCAGGAGCACGAGGAUCGGGCCGAGAGACAGCAGCAGUCACGGCAAUUGUUUGAGCUGGCGAUGCUCAAGGCCUUGGGCUUUGCGGUGGCGAAUCCGGAUGAUGCACCUCCUGCUGGUGGGGCUGGCUCAAGUAGAAAGAUGAAGCGGGCUAAGAUUGUAGUGGUCAUUGUUUCCUAG